AUGUGUCUAUCUGACUCGGGACCAGAGUUCUUCGGACAAGCCAUAGGAAAUCCGAACUUCGACUGGAAGUUUACCAGCGUCCCGCAGAGCGCGCUCAAUGGCAACGUAGUGGCGCAACCCAGAGGCAAGAUGCUUGGUGGCUCCAGCGGGCUCAACUUCAUGGCAUGGGACAGGGCGUCCGCUACGGAAUACAACGCCUGGGAGAAGCUGGGCGCGGAGGGGUGGAAUUGGAAUUCGCUCCUGCCAUAUUUCAGGAAGACCGAGACCAUUUCGGCCCCAACGCCUGAGCAAUACUUCCCGGACGGCCCACAGGUCUCGAACAAAACGUUCUAUACAUUUCACGGACGGGAUGGCCCAGUCCAGCCAUCCUACAAUGUCCUGUACACGAAUAUCACCGACCCGUUCGUGGAAGCGGUUAACAAGUUAGGUAUUCCCACGAAUAGCGACCCCUAUGAGGGAAAUGCAACGGGCAUCUUUAACCUGGAAAUGGCCGUUGAUCGGGUCAAGAAUGUCGGCAAGCGGUCGUACGCCGCAAGCACGUAUUAUAACAUUAGUUCCGAUAGGCCAAACCUCACCGUUUAUCUCACUACUCAAGCUACGAAAGUCAAUAUCGUCCGCGGCGCAAGCUCACAAGAUUUGCGGGCGGUUAGCGUAGACGUUGUGGCCUUGAACAGCACUGGUACCAACGGUACCGUUUAUGCACGGAAGGAAGUCGUACUCUCGGCAGGCGCUUUCCAGACACCCCAUCUCCUGGAGCUAUCUGGGAUCGGAAACAAGUCGAUUCUUGAAGACGCGGGCAUCAAGACCCUGAUUGACCUACCCGGGGUCGGGGAGAAUCUCCAGGACCAUACACUGCUGACCCAAGAUUUUGAGAUCAUCAAUACGACGUUCACGUACGACAUUCUCAGAAACGACCAAACAUACUUGGCCGAGCAACAAGCGGAGUACGCGGAGAACGGAACGGGCAUCUUUGCAUCCGCUCAAUUCGCGUUGGUAUUCCCUCCGCUAAAGACAAUCGUCUCAGAUGUCGUGCUCUCCAACUUACAAGGACAGGCUGAAGAGCUCAUUCGUGCGUCGGGCCUACCGGCUUUGACCAAGGCACAAUAUGAGAUCCAACAAGGCUGGUUGGACACGGCGGACGUUGGGCAUGUAGAAUAUAUCAUGUUCCCUGGAGGAGGGGUGACGGCAGCCAGUCCCACUCCGGGUGCGGCGUAUCUCACAGUGUACAUGGGCAACAUGCACCCGUUCAGUCGUGGUACCGUGCAUCUCAAUUCCACUAAUCCCCUGACGCCUCCGGCAAUCGAUCCCAAAUACGUCGAUAAGUACAUAGAUCUGCAGGUCGUGCUCGAAGGGACCAAAUUUGUCAGGCAGAUUGCCCAGACCCAGCCUCUUGCAUCAUUAAUUGUCAAUGCGCACGAGCCGUCGAGCAACGUAACCACCGACGAUGAGUGGCUAGAUUAUAUCAAGACGUUCAUGGGAACAGUCUACCAUCCUGUGGGCACUGCAGCCAUGGUGUCACGAGAGCGUGGAGGUGUGGUUGAUCCGAAGACGCUGAAGGUCUAUGGCACAACUAAUUUGCGAGUGGUGGACGCGUCUGUUAUCCCCAUGCUGAUCGCUGCACAUCCGCAAUCGACUGUGUACGCGAUUGCUGAAAGAGCGUCCGACAUUAUCAGGGGGUUGAUUAGGUGA